CAUCCAUGGCCAAUCCGGGCGUAUUCAAGCUCACCUGUGGGUCUCGGCAGUAUGCCUGGGGAAAGAUUGGAAUGGCGUCCAAGGUGGCCGAGCUGGUUGCUGCUCAGGGCGGGGAGAUCGACGAUGCCGAGCCGUAUGCAGAGCUGUGGAUGGGCACCCAUGUGGCUUGCCCUUCGCAGCUGACUACCGGCGGCUCGCUGGAAGAGCUCAUCGCAGCUGCGCCUGAUGUCCAUCUCGGGCCCGAGGUGGCGGCAGAGUUUGAUGGCAAGCUCCCAUUCCUGUUCAAGGUUCUCUCGGUCAACAAGGCGCUCUCUAUUCAGGCCCAUCCGGACAAGGCGCUCGCGGCAAAGCUCCAUGCACGGGCUCCGGACAUAUACCGCGACCCAAACCACAAGCCCGAGAUGGCCAUUGCGCUGACUGAUGUCGAGGUUCUCUGUGGCUUCCGAGUUCAUGCUGAGAUCCGCCAAUUCAUGACCUCGGUCGCUGCGCUCCGCGCUCUAGUUGGCGACGACGCGCUGGUGAGCCGUUACGCCGACGGCGACGACGACGCGCUCAAGCCGCUGUUCUCGGCGGCGAUGAAGGCCGAGCCGGUGCGGGUGGCGGACACAGUGGCAAGCCUCAUGGGCAGUCUUGAUGAACUCGAAGCUAGCGGCGCGCUCGACCCGUCGCUGCGCGCGCUCCUUGACCGGGUGGCUGGCCAGUACCCGGGCGACAUCGGCCUCUUCUGCGUUUUGUUCCUUAACUACAUCCAGCUCGCCCCAGGCCAGGCGGUCUUCCUCGGACCGAACCAGCCGCACGCGUACCUCUCGGGUGACAUUGUCGAGUGCAUGGCAGCGUCGGACAAUGUGGUCCGUGCUGGCUGCACGCCCAAGCUCCGCGACGUCGACACCCUCACUGAGAUGCUGACAUACGCGGUGGGAACGCCGACCGACCAGCUCAACCCGCCGCUGGAUGCUGCACCGGGCGUCGCCAUGUACGCCACUCCUGUGCCCGAGUUUGACGUUGCGCGCUUUGAGCUCACCGCCGCCGCGCCGACCGGCGCCAUCCCGCCCGUCGACGGCCCGUCCAUUAUGCUCGUUGUCGACGGAGAGGCCAAGGACUCGACCUGCACCGCCUUUACCCCUGGCGCGGUCUUCUUCAUUUCCGCCGGCGCGAGCCUCACACUCACGCUGGACGACGGCUCGCCAGGCCUUGUCGCCUACCGCGCGUACUGCACGCUCGACAAGUAGCUGUGCCGCGCUGCAGCAACUACUGAAUGAGCGACGAGAGGAGGCCCGGAACUCCUGCGGCCGGGGAAACAGUCCGCGCCGCGCUCUGCGCGUGCACCCCGCUCAUGUGGGCGUGAAUGGCCGCCGGGGUUGUUGGCGCCGCCAACGGCGACGCAAACAGUGCGUGCGCUCGCUCCGAGUGCGCCGGUGACGUCGACGGCAGCCGCGCGUCCCACGUCGACACCGGCGGUGGGAGAGGGGCCGGUGGAAGCGUGCCACCAAGGCCUGCGUUGGUGGCCUGUAGCGCGUGCGAUGCGUCGACUGCGUAGCCGAGUGUAGCCUGCGCAUCAGCAA